AUGCACUUCAAUUCAAGAUUACAAUUUUCAAGUGAUAACAUUCGAAAAGAUAAAGAAGUGAUAUUGGCAGCUGUAAAAAACAGUGAAAAAGUAUGGAGAUUUGUUCCUCUAGAAAUUAAAAGAGACGACGAAUUUGCUUUGGAGAUGGCUCAACAGAAUGGAUUGGUGUUAUCUUAUGCGCUGUCAUACAUUAUAAUCAACAGAGAAAUUGUUUUAGCUGCUGUCAAACAAAAUGGUGAAGCAUUGCAGUAUGCUGAGAGCGAUUUGAAAAAAGACAAGGAAAUUGUGAUGGAAGCAAUCAAACAAAAUAGGAAGGCAUUUCAAUACGUUCCAAAAGUAUUGCUGUCAGAUUGUGAAUUCAUGUUGACAGCUCUCAAGUUAAUUUCUCCAGAAUUUGAAUAUUUGAAUUGUGUUGACUAUUCACAAAAAGAAAUCAUGAUGAAACUUGUUCAAGAAAAUGGAAUGUUACUUGAAUUUGCAAGUGAUGAACUCAAGAAUGAUCGAGAUAUUGUGUUUAAUGCAGUCAAAAAUAGUAUCCACUCCUUCAGUCAUGGAUCUGAUGAUGUGAAGAAUAAUCGAGUAUUUGCAUUUAAGGCAGCUAAUACGGAUGGUUAUGCAUUGAAAUAUGUCUCUGAUGAAUUGAAAAGAGACAAACAACUUGUAUUGAAUGCUGUUAGACAGAAUGGUUAUGCUCUUACGUUUGCAUCAGAAGAAUUGAAGAAUGACAAAGAAGUCGUGUUGACCGCUGUCAAACAGCUUUAUAUUGCUUUUCUUUUUGCAUCUAAUGAAUUGAAGAAUGACAAAGAGGUUGUAUCGACAGCUGUUAGACAAAAUGAUAAAGCCCUUUGCUUUGCGUCGGAUGAAAUGAAAAAUGAUAGAGAUGUUGUGUUGGCAGCUGUCAGACAUUUUGGUAAUGCUCUCAGGUUUGCAAGUGACGAGAUGAAAAGUGAUCGAGAAGUUGUUUUGGAAGCAAUCAGACAUGGAGGUUCUCUGGAAAAUGCUUCUCGAGAACUUUUAAAUGACAAACAAUUCUUAUUAGAAGUGUUGAAGUGUGGAGAACCUUCUAUUACCCGCUAUGUGACAAUAGAAAUUGCUGAUGAUAAGGAAAUUAUAUUGAAAGCAGUGAAGAAUAAUGGAUAUGCAUUACAUUACACAUGCAAAGAGUUACAAAAAGAUUCUGAACUUGUGAUGGAAGCUCUUAAAUGCAAUGGAUAUGUGUUGGAGUACAGUGAUGAAUUAUAUCAAACAAGAAUGCUACAUUCUUAUCAUGGCUUAUUUGGGAAGUAA